AUGAAACAAGAGUAUAAGGCUCUUCUUAACAAUAAAACAUGGGAUCUUGUUCCUCUUCCCAAAGACAGACAAGCCGUGGGUUGUAAGUGGGCCUUCAGAAUUAAGGAGAAUGUUGAUGGGAUAGUUAACAUGUUCAAAGUCAAGUUAGUGGCUAAAGGAUUUCAUCAGGUUGCUAGUUCUGACUUUAAUGAAACCUUUUCUCCUGUGAUAAAACCUAUUACAAUCAAGUUGAUUAUCACUCUUGCUUUCACUAAUAAAUGGGAUUUGUUCCAGCUAGAUGUCAACAAUGCCUUUUUAAAUGGCCAUCUUGAAGAGACUAUCUACAUGCAAUAUCCAUAA